AAUGUCAACCAAAAAAGCGAAUGUUUUAUAUUUUUCAAUAAUAAUGAUGCUUUAUUUCAAGAUAGUAUAUUCUCAACACCGUUUUGGAUGUGAAAAAGAUUUUUGUGAACAGCUGCUGGAAAAAGAACCAUGCAAAGAGCUAGAAUGUAAAAAUGGAAGGAUAUUAAAAAAUGCUACUACAUGUGGCUGCUGCGAUUUGUGUGUACAGCAACUGGCAGAAGGAGAAAAAUGCAAAAAUCGAGUAAUAGGAGUCAUUCCCGACGAAGAAUGUGGUACUGGAUUAAUAUGCGAUCAAAACGAAAAGAUUUGUGUUCCAACAAAAUGCUUACUCCAAGAAAGAGAAUACGAAUCCGUUGCUGCUGCUUCAGGGGCAAAUGUGUUUAUGACGCCAAAACCUGAAUGCGAUCACUUUGGAUUCUACAAGCCGGUAGCUUGCAUUCCUGGUGCUCUAUGCUUCUGUGUGAACAAGUAUGGUGAAAGAAUAUUUGGAAUGGACUCGGCUAAAAAUGAAAAAGACAUGAACUGUGAAUGCAGCAGAGACUUCAACGAAUUUCCGAGACAAGUACGCAGUGGGGAUUUCCUACGAUGUCUUCCUAAUGGCAAUUAUGCUCCACUUCAAUGCACAGAAAAGUGGUGCUAUUGCACGGACGGGCCUUUUGACGAUAAAGUACCUUUCGACACAGACAUCAAGGACCUGUUUUGCUGCUCAGGUCAAUGGAAAAACAACAAUAUGCUGCAAAGCAAGUGCCAAAAAGAAAGAGCAUUUAUUUCACAGCAAAAAGAAAAUUAUGAAGCCAAAGGCAUCACAACUAUUGGUGUAGAUCUUCCAGAGUGCGAUUUAGAUGGAAGUUAUGCUCCACUCCAAUGCAAGAAAGGCAGUUGCUACUGUGUAAAUCAAAAUGGUGUGAUUUAUAAUGAAGAUUUGGAAACAUUAACUGACGUCGAGAGUAUGAGGAAAUCAUGUAGUUGUUUACGAGAAAAAGAACUAAUACUUGCAGAAAAGAUGAAUGUAGAUAUACAAACCUAUAAAUGUUCUUUUCAUGGAUAUAAAAGUUAGUUAUUGUAUAAAGUU